AUGGAAGUCCACCAGAAGAUGCAAAUUGCCUACGAUAUGGCCUCCCAUCAUGCCUUGGGUGGCGGUUCUUACGUCUUCAAAAGCGACUAUCCCGGUUAUCUGAGGUCAUUACUUCCUCACCCCGAAGCUCACACUGAAAUCAACAUCAUUAUUCCACCCAACUCUUCGCCGCAUGUCGGAACAUUAUGUAGCCUAGGGCUGGCGUUUGUUGUGGCUAUGGGUAUGAGAGAUAUCGGAACUGAAGUUAUGGUUGUGUGCGACCUAUGGGACAGAGCAAAGGGAGAUCAAAUGGUCAUUAGUAAUAUCACCUACCAGCGAAGUCUCCGGGACACUGGGAAGUUUCAGGAGUACCUUCCGGACUACAAGGAGCUCCUUGCAACACUUUCUGAGAGAUACGGAAUUGCAUAUCGGAUCCGCCUAGAGGAAGAGUUUUUGAAGAGCGACGGUGUCUGCGGCGUCAUCAAGAACAUUAUAAAGGAUCGUGAAUACCUCGGCCAAUUUUUAGCACCAGCUACAGGGAGUCUCGCCUCCGCGCUGCAUGUCCUGAAUGCGGCCUCGUCGAUAAAUACGCAUGGCCGAUUCGCGUACAGCGUGGAAACCGACGCCCACAAAUUCCAGUUCAACUGCCAGCUUUUCAACCUUGUCAUCGGUCUCUACCACGAGCGCGCGUCGUACAACUACAUCGAGAUCUGUGGUAGCGACUAUGCUGGCUUCUGGCAGGAGCAGCUGCUCUGGCGCUUUCUGGUCAAGCCCAUCUUGAUCGUCUACACCCCGCUCAUAUCAGACUGGUCGGGCUCGAAAGUGUCAAAAUCCCUAUAUCUGCAGCAGUCGGCAUAUGACUACCUAAAAAAGGCUGGACAGGAGUACUUGCUCAACUAUCGGGUCUUUACACAGGAGAGAAAAGAUCUUUUAGUUCUUUGGCGAGAGAUUGAGCGCUGGGUCAAUGAACCGUACAGGCUCUUCAGAGGUUACAGCCUGCAUUACCUUCACCUUCUCUUUGAGAAGACGGAAUUGUCGCUUGGAAUUAUCCACGAGCCGUCUCUUGAGCCAGAGACAGAGUACAACUCGGGUUCGAUCCGACAGGUUAUCACUACCGACGGCGCACGCUACAUCAGGAUAAAGCUAGAUGGCAGGGAGGAGCGUCUGAUAAUUGACGAGGUAGUCAGGCGCGCGGCCUGCGUUUCUAGACGAGGGACGAUAUGCUGGAAGACGCAUUGCGACGGAGAUGAAUCCCGAACACCCCUUGUGGUUAAAGAGUCAUGGCAGCACCCGGAACGCGACAAGGAGGGGGAGUUACUGCGCGAAGCCACGGAGAAGGGGGUGGUCAAUAUUGCGCGCUACUACUAUCAUGAGACGGUUUAG